AUGGCAGCAGAAACCCUGCAGACGUCCGAGUCGCCCAAAGACGCCGCCGGGGCUUGCGAGGCGGACGAUGCACGCAGCGGCCCCAGCGAAGCCGGCCCCGGCCCCGGCCCCGGCCCCGGCCCGUCUCGCGCCCUGGGGCUCGACCAAACGCGCGACAUCACCGAGGCCGAGCACCAGCUCGGCUUCUGGGAGGCCAUCAAGCUGUACCCGCAGGCCACCUUCUGGGCCAUGUUCUUCUGCAUCGCCGUCGUCAUGGCCGGCUUCGACGCCCAGAUCAUCACGUCCUUUUACGCCCUGCCGGCCUUCCAGGCCAAGUAUGGCGACUGGCUCGGCCAUCAUUACGAAGUUGCCGCGCCUUGGCAGACCGGCCUGGGCAUGGGCAACCCCAUCGGCCAGGUGCUCGGCGCCCUGGCCAGCAGCUAUCCACUGCAUUACCUGGGCCGCCGACGGACUCUCGGGCUGUGCUGCGCGUGGUCCAUCUGCUUCGUCUUCGUCCAGUUCUUCGCCACCUCCAUCGAGAUGCUGUGCGUGGGCGAGAUCCUGGGCGGUCUCGCCUACGGCUUCUACGUCGUCAUAGCCCCGACCUACGCGUCGGAGGUCUGUCCCCUCAUCUUGAGAGGAUUCCUGACCACCUGCGUCAAUCUCGCCUUCGUCAUAGGCCAGUUUAUUGCGCAGGGGUGUGCGGCCGGCGUGGAGACCCGGUUGGACGAGUGGGCGUACAGGAUUCCAUUUGCAAUUCAAUGGGUCUGGCCAGUGGUCCUGCUGGCUGGACUCCCGUUUGCCCCCGAGAGCCCCUACUGGCUUGUCCGCCGGGGGAAACGGGACGACGCCCGCAAGGCCUUGCUGCAGCUCACGUCCAAGGAAAACCGCCCCGACGUCGACAAGAUCCUCCUCGGCAUCGAGCAGACCGACCUGCUCGAGCGCGAGUAUGCCACCGAAACCACCUACCGGGACUGCUUCCAGGGCGUCAGCCUGGUCCGCACCGAGAUUUCCGUCAUGGUGUACCUCAUCCAAGUCAUCGCGGGCAAUCCCCUCAUCGGCUACGCAAACUACUUUUUCGAGCGGGCCGGGCUGCAGCCUUCUGAUGCGUUUAGCAUGGGAGUCGGAAACACGGCCCUCGGGUUCACCGGAACGGUCUUGUCCUGGCCUUUGAUGAACUACUUCAACCUGGGCCGUCGCACAAUCUACACCGCGGGCAUGGUGGCCAUGACGGCGCUCCUCUUCGCCAUCGGCUUCCUCAGCAUACCCAGCGACAGCAACGGCGCCGUCUGGGCCAUGGCAUCCCUCAUGGACGUCUGGACCUUCGUGUACCAAAUGACCGUGGGGCCCAUCUGCUUCGUCGUCAUCUCCGAGAUUUCCGCCACGCGGCUGCGUGAGCGCACCAUUGCGGUCGCCACGGCCGUGCAGGCCGCCGCGAGCAUCGUCUUCACCGUCGCCAUGCCCUACAUGCUCAAUUCCAACGAGGCCAACUGGGGCGGCAAGGCGGGCUUUCUGUUUGGCGCCAUCAGCGCCGUGUGCUUGGUGUGGUGCUACUAUCGAUUGCCCGAGAGCCGGGGCCGGACGUACGAGGAGCUGGACAUUUUGUUCGAGAGACGCGUUCCCGCAAGGAGGUUUGGAGAAUAUGAUUUGCUGGCUGAGGCCCAAGCCCACCCAUGA